UGAACGCCCUACGUUUUUGUAAUUCUACUGGUUUCAGAGAUGGACGCUUUGGGCGGUGGCCUUGGCGGCCUCUGGAACUUAAACUAUCCCUUCCGGCGAAGAGCAAAAGACGGAUCCAAAUCCAAAUCCUCCGAUUCCGUGGAAGCAACCAGCGGAGCCGGUUUGCGGUUCCCCUUGAAGCAAGCCCUCAUAGCUGGCUCACUCGCUCUAUCCGGCGACACAAUCGCUCAGCUCACAGAGCGUUGGAGAAAAGCAAAAGCUUUGAACCAUGAACAGUCUCUCUCUGAUCCUGAUGGAUUCUCUAAGGAUGUAAUGCGGACCCUCCUUUCAGACCAUGAUUGGCUCCGUGCCCUGCGGAUGACUUCUUAUGGGUUUCUUUUAUAUGGUCCUGGUUCUUAUGCGUGGUAUCAGUAUCUUGAUCAUUCGUUGCCGAAGCAAACGGCGCAGAAUCUAGUGCUGAAGGUGCUACUAAACCAAAUUGUGCUUGGUCCAUGUGUGAUUGCUGUUGUUUUUGCAUGGAACAACUUAUGGCAAGGGAAGCUCUCACAGCUUCCAGACAAGUACCAAAGAGAUGCUCUUCCGACAUUGCUUUUUGGAUUUAGAUUCUGGAUCCCUGUCAGUGCAUUGAAUUUCUGGGUUGUGCCUCUUCAAGCUCGUGUCGCUUUCAUGUCAACGGGCUCCAUAUUCUGGAACUUCUGCUUGUCUUCAACUAUGAACAAGUAAUUGAUCAACACAAGAGUUCAAUUAAUGCUUUGGUAUCAGCAUAUGGAACUUUGACUAUGAGGUUAAAAAUGUGGCCUGAAAUAUGGUUUACUGAAAAGCAGGGGACUUGAGAGUAGUGGUUUUAAAUCUUUCUCACCAUUUUCCGUUUUCUGCAACACAUUCUUAUCAAAAUUUGUUUAACAAUUCUGUUCUGAUGGAUUUGUCAACCUCUAUGCCCAAACACAGACGCUUUUUUGCUCGUGAUAGUGAGUGAAAUACGUAGAAGUGACGAUUU